AAUUUUUGUUUGGUUUACAUCUGUCAAAGUCCUUAACUCCUUUAUUUUUUACUUCUCGAAUGAAUUGUCAGAAUAAUUUUUCUUUUCAAAAUGAAUGACAAGAUAUUUUUGAUAAUUCAAUGUGCCACUCAUCUUAUCUGUCUUCUAGUUUCGCUCUAUGUGAUCAUUCCACUUGGUACACAUUUGAAUGAUUUUCAUGGUCAUUGUGCUUUGUUCUCUUGUGGCCAUUACAUUGAAGAUGAUGGUCAUUUCGAACCGGAAUGGGCAAAUAAAUCUCCAUGCAUAAUUUCGAUUCUUAUUGGAUCGUUUACUUUUAUUUGUUCUUUUGUUCAGAUUUUCAUGAAACUUCGUUUGUUAUAUACAAAUGCAGAAUGCACAUUUUUUCAUGCAUUUUUAUGCUUCUUUUUCGAUUGUAUUUUGGUAUUGCUUGUCUUAAUCGAUGGAAUAAUUACAACCCUCGGAUUUUACAUCUGGUGUGAUUGUGUCACUCAAAGAUUUAGUUCUUGUAGUAUAGCAGCUUCUGUGAUGGAAAUCGGAAUAAACAGUACGAUUGUGGCUAAAAAUUUUUCUUAUCAACUGGGUAUCGUACAGUUCGGUAUUUGGGCUCUCUUGGUUUGUGCUUGCUUACAAUUGAUGUUAUCAAUGCGAAAAGUUUUCUUAUAUCACGAAAGACUUAAUUUGAUAGCUGGAAUGUCAAGCGAACGUCGUAGACAUCAUCAUCAUCGUAGUGAAGGAUAUUCUAGCUUAAACGAACAGUGAAAUGUGAUUCUCUGAAUUUUCAUUGUUUUUCUUUCAAUAAUUAAUAUUAAUCAUUUCAUAUAUUAUUUGUCAUCAUUAUUUUAAAGAUUAAAUUAUUUCAAAUAAUAUAAUUAUAUCGACAUUUUUGAGUGGGACGUGGCUCUAACUAUAUAUGAAACUUUAUCAUCAAAUGAAUCAAAAAGGUUUUUUUUAUUAAAA